AAUGGAACUCUAGAGUGUGCACGUGUGUUGCAAGAUGUAAAGGGAGGGAGGGUGCCUGUUUUAAUCAAUGACGUCACCUGUGCUCCAGGUGCGCAGCAGGGGUCGCUGUUCCCCUCCGUUAAGCUCUUUGCAGGAGCAGCAGCCAAGUGGUGCUUGAUUUUGUCACCCGCAGAAAGUGAACUUAUUUCCUUCUUCCCUACAAACAGCGUGGAACUGUGGAGACGCCAGUUCAGAGGCGAAGUUGAAAUCAUGAAUUAAGAGAAAGGAAAAAAAAAAAAUGCAUUUUUAUUUCCCUUUAGUAUCUGUGUGUGUAUAUGCGCGCGCGUGUGUAGUGAGUUAAACAUAAAAGAGAGAUCCUCCCUAUACGGUGUGCGCUGCACCAUUCCCUGGUCUGUAUUAUGAGUGGUGACCCUUGUGAUGCUGCAGCAGCUCCGAGGAGGGCGGGAGGAGAUGAGAAGGAGAGGAGAGGAGAGAAGAGGGGAGGGGUCGCUCCAUCUCCCAGCUCCUGCCGAAUCCACUUCUCGCAGAGCUGGCGGGAAGGCACUGGAGAGAGAGAGAGAGAGAGAGAGGGAGAAGGGGGGGAGAAAGCGUGCGUGCGUGUUCCUGUGUGUGCGUGUGGAUUGCACCACCGCAUCCCGUUGAGCGUUUCUGCAGGCAGCCAUGCACUGAUAGAGGGGAUAAAUCUGGCAACAUAUCCCUUUUCCUCGCGUCCAUCCGCCGCCGAGUCAUUCCAGAUGUGACUGUCAGCUCGGUGUAUGUCGCCCGCAUCGAGCCCUGCGCCGUUCAUCACGGAGAGACUGUGACACCAUGGCUCUGGUUAUGGAACCUAUAAGUAAAUGGACACCAAAGCAAGUUCUGGACUGGAUGAAAGGUCUGGACGAUUGUCUCCAGCAGUACGUGAAGAGUUUCGAGCGGGAGCAGAUGGGGGGUGAGCAGCUGCUCCACAUCACCCACCAGGAGCUGGAGGAGCUGGGCGUCACCAGAAUAGGACAUCAGGAGCUCAUCUUGGAAGCAGUCGACCUCCUCUGUGCCCUGAACUACGGCCUAGAGACAGAAAACCUCCGGACUUUGUCUCACAAGCUAAACGCUUCGGCAAAGAACCUUCAGAACUUCAUCUUGGGACGACGGAGGGGCGGGCACUACGAUGGACGGGCGUCACGGAGGCUCCCCAACGACUUCCUGACCUCGGUGGUGGAUCUGAUUGGUGCAGCCAAGAACCUCCUAGCUUGGCUUGACAGGUCACCGUUCGCCAGCGUGACAGAAUAUUCACUACUAAAAAACAACAUCGUGCAGCUCUGCCUGGAAUUGACCACCAUUGUUCAACAGGACUGCACUGUGUACGAGACAGAGAAUAAGAUUCUCCAUGUGUGUAAGACCUUAGCAGGGAUCUGUGACCACAUCAUCUCUCUGUCAUCCGACUCUCUGGUCUCACAGUCCGCCCACCUGGAGGUGGUCCACCUCACCAGCAUCAUGCCCAACGAAGGCCUGGGCAUGUACAUCAAGUCGACAUACGAUGGUCUCCACGUCAUCACUGGAACCACGGAAAACUCUCCAGCAGACCAGUGUAAGAAGAUCCACGCGGGGGACGAGGUGAUCCAAGUCAACCACCAGACAGUCGUGGGCUGGCAGCUGAAGAACCUGGUGAACGCUCUGAGGGAGGACCCGUGUGGAGUCAUCCUGACGCUGAAGAAACGGCCCCAGAACACCCUGAGCUCCACCCCGGCUCUGCUCAGGAACGUUCGCUGGAAACCACUGGGUCUGCAGCCGAUGCCCACCAGUCCCACCAACACCUCCCCCACACCUGGUGGAACUUUAGGCAUUUCCAAAAUGGACGCCCCCAGCAUGCAGGACGUGUACAUUCUGUCCCCGGUCUCUGGACUCUACAGCACCAGGGAGGAGAUGGGCCUGAUGUCAUGUGACGACAUCAACCGCUACGGCUCCCAGUCCGGCUCCAAAGGCUCCGAGGCGGUCAGUUACUACCUGGACCAGGACAGCGGUCAGUAUUUCUCCCUGCUGGAGGGUGACGGACCGCCAGGUCCCGACUACGACAGGGGCCGAAACACAGGGGUGCGCCGGAGGGAUAAGACGCCCACCCAUGGUGACCACAGACCCGUUUCCAUGCCCCCUGAAUAUAACUGGAUGGCCGAGGUCAAGGACCCCAGCAUGGGCAAGAGAGGGAGUCGAGAUUCAGACAACUCCCUGCUGCGUUACCUUAGCGAUGACAAGAUCCUGGUGAUCGAGGAGGAGCCCGAGGGACUGGGCAGAGAGAGUCGGCGGGAUUCCACCAGACGCUCUCGGCGCAAGAGUCGCAAUCCCAGCAGCCCCAGCUUUCCCAUCAGCCCCUCCCUGCUGUCGUCCACCCUGCGCCUGGACCAGCCGCCUGAGCCUCUGCCUCGUGGUGCAGAAACACUGCGAACAGACACAACAGACAGGUACGUUUGUACUACAUGUGACAUUGAACAUACGUGUCUUACAUCUUUUCAUUACACCUCACUAAGAACGAAAACCAAAAAGAGAAGUAAAGGUUCCCUCACCAGCGCCAGUCGAAGAAGGAUUUCCUGCAAAGACCUCGGCCACGGAGACUGUGAAGGCUGGCUUUGGAAGAAGAAGGACGCCAAAGGUUACUUCACCCAGAAAUGGAGGAAGUACUGGUUCAUCCUCAAGGAGUCCUGCCUCUACUGGUACACCAACCAAAACGACGAGAAGGCCGAGGGCUUCAUCAGCCUCCCCGAGUUCAGAAUAGACCGCGCCAUCGAGUGCAGACGGAAAUUCGCCUUCAAAGCCUGUCAUCCCAAAAUCAAGAGCUUCUUCUUCGCCACUGAUUGUCUGGAGGAAAUGAACAGAUGGAUGAAUCGACUGGGGCUCGCCGCGAUUGGUUACACACCCGAUGACAAGGUGCCGCGUCCUGACGAGGACUACUGGAGUGAGAGCGAUCAGGACGAGGUGGACGGAUCCAUGACCCUCAAACAGGAAGGCCCCUCCUCCAUCUGUGAUACGUAUCACCGGACGCCAUCAAGUCACCUCCUCCACAGUCACGACCAGUUGCCCCGCUCCGUCAGCUCCGUCAGCCUCAUGCGCUCCACUCCAUCCCCCCGCCCCAAAUCAAUGAGUGCCUCCACCUCCCCUGUCCCUCCACAAAUGGUCUCUUCCAACUCCCCUCUGCCUCCCCAGGUCAACUCAUCCAGCCCCUUCCCAGAACCCAAGCAUGGCCGUCACUUCUCCAGCGAGUCCACGCACUCCCACUCCUCAGCCGAGGACCAGCGUGGCGACGGCAUGGGCAUGGGCACGGGCACGGGCAGCACCAGUACGCACUCCUCGGGCUGCCGCUCCUCCCACCGCGAGCGCCGCUCCUGGCAGGACCUCAUCGAGACCCCGCUGACCAGUUCAGGCCUGCACUUCCUGCAGACGGCACCGGGGGAGAGCGACUACGGCGGCCUGAUGGGCAGCAUGGCCGGAGAGAUGGGGCUGUACGGGGGGCUGGGCCGGCAGGGCAUGUCGCCGGAGAGACGCAGGCAGGCCACGCUGCCCGUGCGUCGGCACCACGCCGCGGAGAGGGACAGGGACCGGGACGGGCCCUUCCCCCUGGAGAGGGGUCCGUACACACACACUCACACUCACCGCCGCUCCCAUAAGCAGCGGAGUCAGAGUUUGCCCAGGAACAGAGACCCGCUGCCGGGAAAGCUGCUGCACUCCUCCAUCCACAUGGAGGAGAGGAGUGAGGACGAGGAGGCGGAGGAGCAGGGCCUGGACCUGCUGGAGGGUGAGGAGGACCUGCGGGACUUGAGGGUCGACAGCAGGGAGAGAAGGAUAUCGGAGGGCCGUGAAGCCGAGUCCCUGGACGGCCUGGAGCAGCUGUACCGGGCCCUGGAGCAGGCCAACGUCACGGCCUUGGGAGAACCCAGACCUUGUAGCAGACAGGAGCUGCGGCGCUGUUUCACCCAGAGAGCCAGAGACCCUCUGCUCAACGACAGGAUGCACCGGGUGCGAGCUCUGCGCAGCACCCUGAAGGCCAAGGAGUCGGAGCUGGCCGUCAUCUGUGCCCUCCUGGAGGACCCCGGCCUCUGCUCGCAGACCUUCAGAGAGUGGAAGCAGUGGCACAGCGACCUGUACUCCGACAUCUGCCAGCUCAGCCCCGGCACCAACGGCCAGGACGAGCUCUCGCCACUGGCCGCACCUCUCAUGACCCACACACACUCCUUUAUUGAGACCCACGUUUGAGGAAGAAAAAACAAACAAAGAGACUUUACACACACUGAUAUAAACACACACACACACACACACACGUCACUUUACUUGAGCCAAAACUUCUCCCCUGACCACAACUUUGCACACGCGCUGACACUGACACACACACACACACACACACACACACAUUGUCCGAAGUGUAAAUAUUGUCGAAGGAACAGUCGGAGCUCUGCCUGUGUGAACUUUUGAUAACCUCCAGGACCCCACGGGUGUCGAUUGCAUGCCGGAACAGAAAGCAUUAAUCUUCCUUUGUCUAUGGAACUCAGCAUAAACUCCACC